CUCCAUUUACAGCUUCAGACCAUUCUGGUUUUCGCAUACACUAUAGUAAACAUUUGCGCAAACAUGAUGGUGGCGUUAUGAUAUCAGGCGUUUCUGUUUCGGAUACACAAUUAAUACCACCAGGUCAAAAGCUUUAUCGUAAUGUUGGCAUCUGUGGUCCUUCGUGUUCGAAUGAGAUGUUUCCUAAAGAUGGCAUCAAAAUAAUAUCCGGUACUUUGCACUCACAUCGUGCUGGCCGUAAAAUGACUUUAAGACAUGUACGCGAUGGCAAGGAAUUGCCACGUAUUAUUGAAGAUGAUAAUUACGAUUAUAACUACCAACAAGUGCGGCAAUUGGAAAAUGAAACUGUAGUUCUGCCGGGAGAUUAUAUAAUAACGGAUUGUGCUUAUGAGGUAAGUUAACGGAGAGAAAUGAAGUAACA